UUAGGUCUUUUGCCAAAUUAAUCUAUUUAUAUCGACUUGACAUGUUCGGGUGUGCAUGCCACGUUGAUAAUUGUUUGAUUAAAUGAACUUGGCGAGAAUGGCGGAAGUAAUAAAAUGUCAAAAAGCGUCUGUGAAGUGUCGCCAAAGAAUGUAUAGGCAUAUUCCUAGUGUUAAUGCGUUUGUCAGAUUAUUCACUGACAGUAUCAUGGCAUGAUCCAAGUGGUGUGUUUUGCUACAGACAUGCAGGGGGAAACUGUGUUCUAUCAUUUCUGUAUCAGGAACAUGUGUCGAAAUAUAAGCAGAGACAAAAGUGCCAGUGGCCUAAAUGAUUUUUUAUAUCUAAAAGUGGAGUGCAGUUCCGGAAGGGCAGUUUCACAAUAGUUUUCAGCAUUUCUACACAUUUAUGUUGCAGUGUUUUAAUGGUUGUGUCUGUAAAUAACAAAUAUGGUUGCUCCAGAUGCACUAAACUAAAUCACAGGAACAAAGGCAAAUUAUCAUUGUAAAUGGUCAGCUCAAUUUUUCAUAGCAUGUAGAACUCGAUUUAAAAAUCGCGUUUUUGUUUUUAUCUGCGUUGCGGAUAAGAUUGGUCUCUCUCGCCUACUGUAGCUAGGUAUUUCCCUGCUGGGAGAAGUGGGUAAAAAGGCCUAUUAUGUGUUGUAUGGGAGGACCGUGAGAAGUCAUUAGGAGGCCUAGCAGUUAUUAAUAUACUUUGUGUAGUGCAGACAAACAUAUUUAUAAUGCACUUCUCUCGCGCUAUGUUAUAUGGUUAAUACUCCGCACAAUAAAAUAGGUUAUGGUUUACUAAUGCUCGUUCUAUGUCCUGAAGGCUAGCUUGCUGGCUAACGCUAGCUGCUUAUGUUAGCUUUUGGUGCGUUGUUGUUUAAUGUCAACAGUAGUAGCACUACAGUGUAAAGGAUUCAGAUAAUCAGCAGAGAAAACAUAACUGUAUUGUUUAUGCAGGCGUUUUUUGUGCCCUGCCUUUCUGACGCUAAAGAAAACCCCUGCGUGAUGGAAACAAAAUAGAAGCUCUCUGGAGAGGUCACGAAAUCCGAUCUGAUUUCCCCUUUAGCGUUCCAACAGCUGCAUCAACCGGAGAUAUCGUUAGACCCAUUUUGUUAUAGUCAUGGACGAGAGUACAGAAAAAGUAGAGCCUGAUGAUAUUGUUAUUAUCGUCGAAAAUGAAGCUGAAAGCAUGCCGGUUCAAGAGGAAAGUGAGAAGGCUCAAAGUACCCACAGUUUAAUGGACUGUUGUCCCAUUUGCAAGUUGAAUUUUCAUAGCAGAGAGCCCAAGCUUCUACCUUGUCUCCACUCUUUCUGUAAGAAAUGCUUGCCACCUCCGUCAAGAAAUUUUUUAUAUCCAAGCCAAAUGAUGGCCAACCAUCAACUUCAUGUGGAAGAUCCAUCAAAACCGCUCAACGUGAUUCGUUGUCCAGUUUGUCAUCAGGAAUGUAUGGAAGUGGAAGUUUUAGAAAACUUCUUUGUUAAAGACUCAAUGGAAGUGCCAAGCAGCACAGUUGAGAAGACAAGCCAGUUGUGUAUGAGUUGUGAGGACAACACAGAGGCCACUGGCUAUUGUGUGGAAUGCGUGGAGUUUCUCUGUGUCACCUGCAUUGAAGCUCAUCAGCGGGUGAAGUUUACCCGCGACCACACCAUUCGACAGAAAGAAGAAAUGUCUCCAGAAGGAGUGGGAGUCUCCACCCAGAAGCCAGUUUUCUGUGAUGUCCAUAAACAGGAGCCUUUGAAACUUUUCUGUGAGACAUGUGAUCGUCUGACCUGUCGGGACUGUCAGUUGCUCAAACACAAGGAUCACAAUUACCAGUUUCUAGAAGAUGCCUACAGAAAUCACAGGGAACACUUGGAGAAUAUGACUCGACAGCUCCAGGAAAAAAGAAAAGCCAUCGAAGAUGUCUCUAACGCAAUCAAUAAUGGUCUCCAUCAGGUUGAUGAGAACCGAAAGGCUGUCACCACUGAGAUCAAGAAGUCCAUUUGCAAUCUCAUUAUGGAGAUUAAUAGAAAAGGGAAAAUAUUGAUAAAUCAACUUGAGGCUCUCACCAAGGAUCAUGAGACUGCACUCAGGAAACAGCAGGAUGAUGUCUCUUCCCUCUCCAAACACCUGGAUCAUGUGAUCUCCUUCACCAAAUGGGCAACAGCCAUCAACAGUGGCACUGCUCUCCUUUACUGCAAAAGACUGAUUCUCUGUCAGAUACAAUACCUCAUGCGGGCAAAGUGCAGUACCUCCUCAUAUGUCCCCCAGAAUACAGUGCGGUUCCAGUGUCGGUCAAGCUUCUGGGCCUCAAAUGUUGAUCUCGGCUCUCUGGUCAUGGAAAAAGUUCCAGGACACCAACCAAGUGGGAUGCAGAUGUUCCCCAACCAACCCAACCAUCCCAACCAUCCCAACCAUCCUGGACCAAGACCUGAAGGACCAUCAGCGGGCUUUCCGGGGACGGCCGCUCAACAGCGGCAGAGCACGCUGGCACAGCUCCAGAUGCAGGUGGAGAAGCUGGCGCAGCAUCCCAACCGCCACCCACCACCAAACCACUGGUCCUGGUAUCACAACAUGCGGCUCCCAGGCCCGCCCCCACCCAGGCCCAUGCAGGGGGGAUCUCCUUCCCAAACCCAUCCCAACAUGUCUCAGCAGGGCCGGCGAUACACUGCUCCUCAACCAAACACCCGCAGUCCCACAGCCAUGAUGCAAAACACAGCCUUUGCCCCUCAGACUUUGAGAGGAAUGAUUAACUCCCCCACCUCCUCCAAUUUCCCACCCAAACCCAUGGAUGUGCUUCAGGGUGCAUCUCGAUAUACCCAAAAUGCACCUGGAGGUGGACACCUUACCAACCCUCAACCCUCUCUGCAUCAGAGAAAUGUAAUGGACCCUAUACACCUAAACAGAAGACCUGAACCUCCUGGGCCCUUGCAAAUGUCUAUGCCCAGACAUCAUUUCCCCCACACUGUCCCUACCACCAUUGCUGACAGGACUGCACAAGGUCAUCAGAGCUCCCCCAUGUUAACGGCAAACUCUACUGACGGAAAGACAGGGACUGUUUCUUGGAAACGAACCGACCCCCAGCCGAAUGGAGCGUCCACCUCCUCUGCUAAGAGAAGACGAAGGUCAUCCCCUGGGCCCAUCAUUGUCAUCAAAGAUGAGCCGGAAGAUGAUGAUGAAGUUCGCUUUGUCCAGUCCAGUGUGAAAGCUAGUCUGCCAGACAGCACUGGUGUCCAGUCCCAGACCCCUCGUCAGGAGUCUCCCCCAGGUGAAGAGCAGCAGACCGAGAAGACCCCGGAUCCCAACGUCGAGCCCAACGACGAUCCCAAUGACGAUCCCAACGACGAUCCCAACGACGAUCCCAACGAGGACUGGUGUGCUGUGUGUCAGAAUGGAGGGGAGCUGCUCUGUUGUGACAAGUGUCCUAAAGUCUUCCAUCUCAGCUGCCAUAUUCCUGGCCUCAAGUCUUCUCCUAGUGGGGAGUGGUUUUGUUCGUUUUGCCGAGACCUAACCACGCCUGAAAUGGAGUAUGACACGGGAGACAGCACAAAAGCCGUGAAAGAGGAGCCAGAUUCUGAGGGACUAACUCCUGUAGAUAAAAGGAAGUGUGAGAGAUUAUUACUUCGCCUAUAUUGCAAUGAGCUCAGCACUGACUUCCAGGAGCCAGUCUCACCGUCGACGAUGCCUGAAUAUAAUGAGAUUAUAAAAUCUCCCAUGGACCUCUCAGUGGCGAGGAGCAAGCUGGAGUUAAAGCAGAGUCCAGCUUACAAGAGGCCUGAUGACUUUGUCGCCGACAUCAGACUGAUCUUUAGAAACUGUGCCAAGUUUCACAAGGAGGAUAAUGAGAUGGCAAGUGUAGGUGUCAACCUGGAGAAUUUCUUUGAGGAGCAGCUGAAACUCCUUUACCCCGAACAGACUUUUCCUGAGGUAAAGGAAGAAAGUUCUGCCUCUUCAGUUCUGGAGGGCAGUGUACCCUCAGAUGUGCCCUGUGAGGAACAUGGAGCCCCAGUUGAACCUGCUGAGAGUCCACCUCCAAAGAGUCCAGCACUCCCUAGCCCCCCCAGUGACCAAGUCUCUGAUCCUCCCACUGAAGUCCGUCCGGAUGAACCUGGUCCGGAUGAACCUGGUCCGGAUGAACCUGGUCAGGAUGAACCUGGUCAGGAUGAACCCGGUCAAGAUGAGCCCUGUCAAGAUGAACCCGGUCAAGAUGAGCCCUGUCAAGAUGAACCCGGUCAAGAUGGGCCCAGUCAAGAGGAGGUCUGUCAAGAUGGGCCCGGUCAAGAUGAGCCCAGUCAAGAUGAGCCCAGUCAAGAUGAGCCCGGUCAAGAUGGGCCCGGUCAAGAUGAGCCCGGUCAGGACGAACAUGGUCAAGAUCAGUCCAGUCAAGACGAGCCCAAGGAGUCUGAUGUCCAGGAAGACUCACCCAAGGAGGAUGAAAUGAUGAGCGAUACAGAGGGAUGAUGAGUAGUUGUAUCUUCCUCUCGUCUAUGUGAAGCUGUUAGAAAUCCUUGCUGAAACAAGGAGUCCUCCUGCAAGAUUAGUAAAGCUAGGUAGUUUGUUUUUAAUAUUCCUGCAAUAAUAAUAUUAAUAAUUAAAAAAAAAAACAUAUUUAAACAGACUGCACAGAGUGCCCAAGCAAAAGGCUAGUUUAUUUUAUUUGUAGCAUGUUUUUAUUUCCCUUGAGCAUAUUAUAUAUCUUUACUGUAGUAAAGAACAUGUUGACAGGGUAAUCGCAACGGGGACAUCAAACAAGCGUGUGUCUUCCCUAAUCAAACUUAAUGAAUGAACUGCAGAAGUACACAUUAUGUACAAUUAUUAUGUUUGAUGUUGCCCUUUAUGAUCUACAUUAAUGUAUAAUAAUUAUUAUUUAUCCUGAAUUAGAUUAUUUAGGGUAAUGACUGGUGCUUUUGUUUAAUGUAAAAAGAGUAAUGCAUUUACUUUAUUCAGCUGAUUGAAGCUGAAGCAAAAUGUUAUGUUUUUAAGCUCAGAAUUCAUGUCAUCAAUAUCAAUAAUAGCUGUACUCACCAUUGCGGUGGUCAGUGUUGUCAACCAAGGAAUUUUCCUUUUUUUUUUUUUUUCAUGUACAGUAGGAGAGUGCAUAGAUAUUUUCCUUAUUUUCACUAUUUUAGAUGGUUCAAGUUAAGUUGUCAGUAUUGCUCCUUGACUUUAACUGACCAGGAUUUGUAAGGUAUAUCUUGAUUGUGUUGCUCCAAGAACUAUAGUCAAGAUCUGUGCAUGUGCUAGUGGCUAGUGGACUCAUUUUUCCCAUGGAGUGGUCCAUGGCCGUUUUUUGAACAUGUAAAAUAUUGUGGACCUUUUGGACUUUUUUAUUUGAAUUGGCUGUGACCCGUAUGAACGUAAUGUCGGUCUUGGAUCUGGUCAGUACAAUACUUUGAGGUAUAAUGGUUAGCGUAUAAUUACAGUUGCAGUCAGCUUUCAGACGAGACCCCCCCACUACACUUCACUACGGUUACCAUGGCUGUAUUGGAGUUUAAAAAGUGUGUGUGUAUAUGCAAUCAAACAUGCAUAUUACAGGGGACUUUGAUGGGUCUGAAACUGUCCUGUUUGUUGGGAUCUGGCAGAGAACAGAUUGCUUCCCUCUGAAUCUGGCCAAGACAGGGCUGCUAUAAAUAGAGGAAAUAACUGUAUGAUUUCCACAGAUUUUGUGUAUGUAACUUUAAUCUAAAUAUAAAAUAAAACAUUUUGAUAUCCCUG